AUGUCGAAUUUAGAACCUCAUCAAUCCUUGGACUACAGAACAGCGUAUCACACUAAUAGUGGCGGGUACAUGGGCCAUCAUGGACAGAGUGCCAAUGGAGCGACAGGGACGUCCCAGUCGAGUGUUGGGACGCCUAGCACGGGGGCCCAGGGGCCCUCGAGCCAGGCCCAACCAUCGAGCCAGACGUCGACCUCAUCGACGACACAACAACAGCCAUCGCUCCAACCGCUCCAUUCGAACCCACAAUUGCAAUCACAGCAUCCUCGAGGGUCGUCGAGCAUUCCGCAGUUCCAACAGUACCCCUCGAACUACUACUCGGAUCAGUACCAGCAACAGUACCAGCAAUUGGUCAACGGCACCAACCAGUCGUCGAUGCUGAGUCAGUCUAGCCAACCCCAGUUGGCCACCCAGCCCCACCAACAGCCACCACAACCAGUGAAUGCGGGUGCCAUGGGCCAGUACCAGAGCUCGAUGGGCGUUCCUCAGCAAUUCCCCUACUCGUACUACAUGCAAUUUAACCAAUCGCAAAACCAGUCCAACGACAUGAACUACCCUUACUCGCGCUACUCUAACUAUCCUCCAGCGGCUGCUUCAUCCACCUCGUCGUCGGCAGCUCCUCCACAGAACUAUUCUGGCUACCAACAAUCGAUUCCUCAGAUCAAUAACCAGAUCACUCAACCACAACCACAGCACUACAGCAAUGUAAAUAAUCCAGGAACCACGCCAGCACCGGGUGGUGAUGCCGCCGCCGGUUAUUCAUCUAACUACACCCCUGUUCCAGAUACACUUAAUUCGUCAAAUAAUUCUUCAGUGGGCCAAUAUCAACCCCCAGGUGUUAGACCAAGAGUCACCACAACCAUGUGGGAAGACGAGAAGACAUUGUGCUACCAAGUCGAUGCUAAUAACGUUUCAGUGGUUAGAAGAGCCGAUAACAAUAUGAUAAACGGUACCAAAUUGUUAAAUGUUGCGCAAAUGACAAGAGGCCGCAGAGAUGGUAUUUUGAAAUCAGAGAAAGUUAGACAUGUGGUUAAAAUUGGAUCCAUGCAUUUAAAAGGUGUUUGGAUUCCAUUCGAAAGAGCCUUGGCCAUGGCUCAAAGAGAAGGAAUUGUCGAUUUAUUAUAUCCAUUAUUUGUCAGAGAUAUCAAGCGUGUUAUUCAAACUGGUGUAACCCCAGCCAACAAUGCAUCUGCAGAACCUGCGACUGGUUCGGGUACUCCUGGUGUCACUGCACCUGCUGCUGCUCCGAACAAUCAAUUAAGCACUCCAAGCCAGUCAACUACCGGUGCAUCAGCUAUGAAUUUGAAUAACUACUAUCCUCCAUAUGCACAAUAUCCUCAACCACAAGCAGGUGGCGCUGACCCUGCCACUGCGUCCAAUCAAUCACCACAACAAAACUUAAGUGAGUUCCACUCAUCUCAGCCACAUCAGCAACCUGGUCAACAACAAGUUUACAGUUAUCAACAACCUUAUUAUGCUCCAAACCAAUACUACCAGCCUUAUAAUCCUCAGAGCAAUUAUUCUUCUUAUAAUUCUCAACCUGUUUAUCCUGGUUAUGGUUAUGCAAAUCAACAAUCUCAGCAAUCCCAACCUCAAGCAGCAGGUCAUCAACAAUCUCAGCAAAUUCCUCAAGCGCAAGGUCAGUCAGGCCAAUCUCAAAGUUCUUUACCACAAACAUCUGAUCCAAACAGUUCGAAUAUUGAUUCGAGUCAUGCAAACGAAACUUCCUCUAAUGCCGAAGAUAAGGCUAAGGCGGAGGAAAAGGAUUGA